AUGAGUGAGAGUGAAAAUGAAUAUCAAUUUGAGUCCUCUAAUGGCAGUGAUUGUACAAAAACUGUUGGAAUUGAUGAAUCAGAUGAGAUUAGUAGUGAUAGUCAUGUAGAUUCAGAAGUUGAGUUAGAUGAAAUGGAUAUUGCUAAGGAUAGUGAUGGAUUGAGCAACUUAGAGUCAGAAGCUUCAAUAGAUUCAUCAUCAUCAGAUGGUGACAAUGCACCAGACCAGAAGGAUCAUUUGCAUGGAUUUUACAAUAAUCCAUUUACAUAUAAUGGUGAAGGUGAGAUCCAAUUUGAGAUUGGUCAAUGUUUUGUUGAUGCUUCUGCCUUUAGGAAUGCUUUACGAGAUUAUGCUAUUAAGGGGGGUUAUGUUAUUAGAAGGAAAAAAAAUGAUUUGAAAAGGGUUACAGCUAUAUGUGCCACCGCUGGUUGUCCAUGGAGAGUACAUGCAUCAGUGAUACCAGAUGGUAGAACAUUUAUGAUUAAAACAAUGGCAAGUGAUCAUACAUGUAUUAGGGCAAUGGGUAAUAAAAAUGCAAAUGCAAAUUCUAAGUGGGUUGCAGGUAAACUAAUGGAUGCCUUAUCAGCAGAUGGUGAUAUGUCUUAUGACUUAAUGCAUCAUGAACUUGUGAAAGAAUGGGGAGUUGAGGUGAGUAAAUGGAAUUUAUACAAAGCUAAAGCAAGAGCUAGAUUGCAAAAUGAAGGCAGUCACAGAGAUAGUUAUAAGAUUUUAGAAGAAUAUGUGAAGGAGCUACAAAGGCAUAAUCCAGGAACUUUUGUCAAAUUUCAGUUUGGAGAUAGGCUUUCAAAUAAUGAUCCAAAAGUAUUUAAGAAGAUGUUUUUGUCUUUUAAACCAAUUAUAGAUGGCUUUAAAGCUGGAUGUAGACCAUUUAUAGGUGUUGAUGGGUGCCACUUGAAAGGUCUAUUUGGAGGUGUUUUGCUAUCAGCUAUAUCACUUGAUGGUGAUAAAGGUGUGAUUCCUUUAGCUAUUGCAAUUGUGGAGAUUGAGUGUGGUACAAGUUGGGAUUUUUUCUUUGAUUGCUUGAAAACCUGCAUUGGUCCAGAAAAUGAUGAAACACCUCUGACAUUCAUGAGUGAUAGACAAAAGGGACUUAUUGAAGCUGUCAAUAAUUGGUUUCCUGAGGCAUGUCAUAGAUUUUGUGGUAGACAUAUGUUCAACAACUUUAAGAAGCAAUAUCCUGGACUUGGUCUGAAACAAGAAUUUUGGAAUGAUGCUAGAGCCACACAUGGAUAUGAGUUCUGGGAGGCAAUGAAAAGGAUUAAAAGGGUUAAGGAUGGGGAGCCAUUUGACUGGUUAUUGAAGGUACCCAUGAGCCAAUGGAGUAGACACAUGUUUUGGCCAGAAGCAAAAUCAGAGCAUUUAACCAAUAACAUGACAGAAUCAUUUAAUGCAUGGAUCGGAAAAAUUAGAGGGUUGCCAAUUGUGAAACUGUUAGAUGCAUUUAGACAAAAAUGCAUGGUCAGACUCCAGAAGAGAUAUGCCAAUGGGACUUCAUGGGAAGGUAAGAUCACUCCUAACGCUCGCAAGACAAUUAAUUCAAUCAUCAAGCAAGGGAAAAAUUGUAGGUUAUUGCCAUGUAGAAAUGAUGAAUUUGAAGUCACUGAGGGUAAUCUGAAAUUUGAUGUAAAGCUUCAAGAAAAAAAAUGCUCUUGCAAAUGGUGGGACAUAAGUGGAUUGCCUUGCAAACAUGUAGCCUUGUGUAUUGGAUACAUGCGUCAAGAUAUUGAGGAUUAUUGCCAUUAUUACUAUUAUGUUUCAACAUAUUUGAAGGUUUAUGAAGGGGUUAUUCACCCAAUGCCACAAGCCAAUUACAGUAUACAAGAUGAGUCUCAAUGUAUUAUGCCACCACUUUUGAAAAGGUUACCUGGGAGGCCUAGAAAAGCAAGGAAGAGGGAAGAAGGUGAAGCUGCUCCAUCAAAUGUAAGGACCAAAUCAAAGACAACUAGAUGUGCCACAUGUAAGCAACUAGGGCAUAAUAAAAGGACUUGUCAAAGGGCACCUAUUAAGGAGAAGGUAAGUAUUUGUGGAUAUUAUUUUUUAGAUUAUAUAUUGAAUAAAUUAAUUUAA